AUUCACGAGUUUCUGGAGUAUUAUACUCAUGCCUCAUAUGCCUGGUUUAGCACGGAUCUUGGCUCAUUGAAUAUCCAGCGAGGUCGUGAUCAUGGCAUUCCCUCAUACAAUACGAUGAGAAAGUUCUGUGGAUUACCGAAAGCCGUUAAUUUCGAAGACUUCUCUGAUAUGAUUCUCGACAAAAAUCUUCGUAACGGCCUCAAGCGAAAUUACAACACCACUGAUGAUGUGGAUUUCUAUGUGGGCUCGAUGUUAGAGGACCCAGUUGUCGGUGGUCUCGUCGGCACCACUCUCAGCUGUGUUAUUGGCGAGCAGUUCAAGCGACUUCGAGACGGGGACAGGUCAGUACGAUUCCAAGAUUUUGAC